AUGCAGAAUGGGGAUAUAAAUAUUCGACCACGAUUGAAUAAUAGGCGGAACGAGAGUCUGCGCCAGAGCUCCUGUGGCAACACGGUUCCCGCUCCGCGCCUGCGUUUUCGAUCACCUUUUCAUGGGUCGCCUACAGCAGAAAACUUAGACAGUUUUCUUGACACAAAAACGCUCCAUGUCAAUUUUGCUGAUUACGUGAGCCAGGAACGUAUCUCUGCAAAGUGUCCAAUUAAAAAGGUUCACGCUAGCCAGCUCGCUGCUAACAAUCCCAUCGAAGACAGGUGGAACUGUGGGUUCAUUCAGAUGAAUGACAAAAUAUCGAAAUUCGUUUUCUCCGUUAUCGAUGGUCACUCAGGCUCCUCGUGUAGUCAUGCACUGGCUUGGAUUGUGCUGGAGUAUAUCGCCGCAACUCUUGUAGGAUCUGAAGACCUCGCCACUGCUAUAGUUCGUCUCGAAAGUCCACCUCCAGACUGCGAACUGCCCCCUCGGGUUGUGGAACAGCCCAUCCUCUAUAACAACAAAGGCAGAAAUGUAACAAAGCGCUUCCUCACUAAUCGACUGCCUCCGCCUGAUGUUAGAAAAUUCCUCGUUGAAAGACUGGUUAUUUUUAUGCAGGAACUGACACUUUCGCCGCUGUCAGAAAAACAAAUAUUCACUGGAAGAGUAUCGCGUGUUCGAGUUUUGACUCCAAAAUUGGCUCACUGUCUACUUCUUCCCUCAAACAAAGUGUUGAAGUGCCUUAGGACUCGUCGUAAUCUGCUCUCAACCUCCAAUCCAUCCAGAAGUCACCUUUCAGAGCCUUCAGUCGACUAG